UUGCAAGUUGAAUUUAUAGUUCGUAAACUAUAAUGAACAUGACAGACGAGUUAUGGCACGCGGCUUAUGCAGCUAAUGACGCCAUUUGGUUAGCCAACGAUGCCAGCGCCAGUGACAAACAAAAUUCAUGGCGAACACAAAAGUAUUUAUUGGCCCAAGCAACACGCAAUGUGAAUGAUGCCAUUCAAUAUGACGCGCUUAGGGACCAUCAUGCCAAAUGUGACACUUCCAGCAGCACGGAAAUAUACAUGCAAGAGCGUCUAGCCGGCUGUCAGCAAUUGCUUACGCAGAGUCGUCGCCCUCAUCGACGUCACUGCGACCCUGGAAUACCUCUGGACUGGUCUGUUCCGCUGGAGAGUGUGUUUGAGCGUCAGUGUCAUGGAAUAUUUUCUAGUUGCAAGCAUGAUGAAAUGACAACAUGUGAGCUUAGGCGGCCCACAAGCAAUGUAAACACUGUGACCCCCAGUAACACAACAAAGACAGGGACAUCGGCACCUGAAACUGCAGUGUUUGAUGGAUUUCGCACUGCGCGGGAGCAGUUAAUGUUGCAUGAUUUAAAGAAAGGCAAAGAAAUUGUUGCAGCUGGAGCUGGUGCAGGUGGAAGUAGUGCUUCAAUUGGUGGCCCCUGUGAUAUAAUGAACUAUAGAAAAAAGUCACUGGGCGGAAGGGGACGCGGUGUGAAUGCCAAAUUUGUGCCACCCAUUGGACAAAAUGAUACGAAUACUGCUGCUGAACAUGUAAAGCAAAGUACUGCAACAAAACCAACUUUCUCUGUGCCUCCUUCCUUGGCCCAUCUGGAUUCAUUAAUGGUUGAACAGAUUAUGCGAGAGAGUAUGCAUAAGUAUAAGCCCAUCGCUUGGGAUGAAAUAGCCGGCUUGGAGUAUGCAAAAUCAACGUUUAUGGAGACCAUUAUACAUCCGUUACAGCGUCCAGAUUUAUUCAAGGGAGUGCGUCGUCCACCCCGUGGCGUUCUAUUAUUCGGUCCUCCUGGUACAGGCAAAACUCUAAUUGCCAAGUGCAUUGCCUCCCAGUCGAAGGCAACGUUCUUUAGCAUUAAUCCAUCUUCAUUAACGUCCAAGUGGAUUGGCGAGGGCGAGAAGUUGGUCAAGACACUAUUUGCCGUGGCUGCCGCACAUCAACCGGCGAUAAUUUUUAUGGAUGAGGUGGAUUCGUUGCUAUCACAACGCUCGGACACUGAGCACGAAAGUUCGAGAAGAUUGAAAAAUGAGUUUUUUAUACAAUUGGAUGGUGCUGCAACCAAUGAAGAUGAUCACGUUAUUAUUAUAGGUGCCACUAAUCGUCCGCAAGAGCUCGAUGAAGCCGUACGUCGUCGCUUCGUGCGUCGUAUUUACGUUCCGCUUCCAGUGGCGCAGGCACGUGAGCAUAUUAUCCAGAAGCUUCUCAAACAGGUGCAUCACAAUCUCGAUGACGCACAGAUUCAAGGACUAGGUGAGCUAACCGAAGGAUAUUCUGGAGCCGAUAUGGACAGCCUGUGUCGUUAUGCGGCCAUGCAGCCGCUACGUGUGCUUAGCAGCUCGGAGAUUGACGCAAUUGAUGCACAACAGUUGCCUGCCGUCUGUAUGUCAGAUUUCUUGUCUGCUCUGCAACACGUUUCGAGGAGCGUCUCCCCGGAGGAUGUUAAACGUUAUGUGGCUUGGAAUGAAAUUUAUGGAAUUAAAAAAUAAAUAUAUUCUAUGUAUAUCAAA